UGGGAGUGGAUGCUUGUGUAGCUGCUGGGAGCCAGGAUGGGAUAAUCAUGCGUGUCUGGCUUCGGGCAUUGAUGCAGCUGGAUCCGGAGUGGACUCGGAGCGUUGGGUGGGUCUAGUUCUGGAGCGAUCCGGACCUCAGGUCGAUGUUAACGAGGGCGAUGGCCGAGAGGGGAGUUGGUGCCGCUGUCUGAGACGUCCGGCCCGAGAGAAAUCCACCGUGUUCGCCCAUGGAGGAGGAGAGAAUUCGCCGGUACUAAUAAGAGCGCAGCCCCGGUGUGGAAUAACUUGGAGCAGGACGAAGGGGAUACCGAGGGGAGCCUUUUAGAGGAUAUAUAGAAGGAGCUAAUCUCUGUUUUUCCUCAUGGGUUUUUAACCGGGAUAGAGAUCACAAGGCGCCUGGAAGAACGGAUCACUUCUGCAUCGGUAAUUAGAGGACUGCCUCCUCGGAGCGUGCGGCCGCCGCAGCCGACACACCGCGGGGUGGGUGGGGGGAACCCUUGGAUGGAGAGGGCGCAGUGAGGGGCUGAGAGAGAGGCUCGAUCGGGGAGGCACGGAGGGGGAGCGGGCGGUUCGAAGGGACCCGGGGAGCCAGGAGCGGUGCAGCGGCUCCAUGAGCGGCUUCUGCCGGGACAGAGCGCCCAGAGGAGCCCUGCAGCCGGAGCGUCUCCGCCGCCGCGGGUAAAAAAACCCGGGCCACAGGACGGCGGCCAGUUUGGAAGUUUUGAUGCAUAUGCUCACAACCACCAUGAUUUUUAUGAUUCUUGGUGCUUCAGUUGUAAUGGCGAUAGCCUGUUUAAUGGACAUGAACGCACUACUGGACCGCUUUCACAACUACAUCCUACCGCAUCUACGAGGGGAGGACCGCGUCUGUCACUGCAACUGUGGAAGACAUCAUGUCCACUAUGUAAUCCCAUAUGAUGGGGACCAUUCCUUGGUGGACUCAUCAGAGAACUACUUUGUGAGUGACAGCGUGACCAAGCAGGAGAUGGACUUGAUGCUGGGGCUGCUGCUGGGCUUCUGCAUUAGCUGGCUGCUGCUGUGGCUGGACGGAGUCCUACACUGUGCCGUCAGGGCCUGGAGAGCGAGCCGCUACUACGAUACCCCGUCCUGGUCAUGGCUGCCUCAGUUCUGCAACCUCCGAGACCUCCGUCGCCGGGCCCAGCUCCGGAAUAUGGAGGACUCCACUGGCAACAUGGUCCACAUCAAGCAGAAGCUCUACCACAAUGGCCACCCCAGUCCCCGCCACCUUUGAAUCUGAAAAACUGAGCAACAAAACCAACAACAAAAAAAUUAAAACUAGAUCCUUCUCCCCAGCACACCUUCUCCUUUUCCCCUCCGACACCCCUCACCUCCCUUCCCCAAACAGCCUAUUGGCCAGCUAUUGCCUCAGAGACAUCUGGAAAACUGCCCUACCACUGUUCAUUACUGGCCCCCUUAAACCCCCAUGACAGGACUUUCUUAGGACUAAACCUGGUCCCUGUCAGCACUCAAAAAAUCCCCAAAUGGAGCAAGAUGACGAUUUAUUUGUUGCCACUGAAAUCUUGUCUUAUGUCCAUGUCCACCAUUGUGGGAGGAGGUAGGAAGAAAAAAAAAACAUUUUUAAGGGUGUUUUUUCUGUAUAGAGACAUUUUCUGUGUUCAUUGUUAAACUUGGCAUGCUCUUUUAGAACAGGGUAAGAUGUGGGCAGUGUAUGGAGCCGGGUGGCGAGACUGGUGUCAUGAUAUUUUUUUUUUUUUCUGAUGGGUGG